AUGUCCAGACUUCGACUCAACAGUUCUGGCAAUGAUUUAAUUCUUGGAAUUUCAAAUAAUAAUACAAAUAGUAGAAAUAAUAGUGAAGAAAAUGAAGGGAAUAGUAACAAUAUUUAUUGUCAAACAACUCCAAGUACUGUUGCCGUUAGUGAUGUUGGUGGGGGAAGUGGUGAAGGGGAGGAGAAUAAUAAUAAUAUUACUACUAGUACUACUACUAGGUAUGGAAAAUAAAAUUUGAAAUCUGUCUUAUCCCUGGCAAAUAGAAGGUCUAUAUCAAUCUCUAUUUUAUCCCGUCUAUAAAUGUUAUCC